UUUCAGGAUGCCUACAACGCCACAGCGGCAGAACGUGUGACGUCAUUACGCCGCGACGUCUCACGUGCCUCGGCCAAGGGGAGCUGACCAUCUCGUCAGGUAACAGUUGAACAUUCCUGCCAUCACGAUGCCCCUUGCUGCCUCCAUCAUAAGCGGUGUUCAGAAGCUGAUUCUCUAUGAGACACGAGCGAGAUAUUUCCUCGUGGGGAGCAAUCAUGCAGAAACAAAAUACCGUGUUUUGAAAAUCGACCGAACUGAACCCAGGGACCUGGUUAUUAUCGAUGACAAGCAUGUAUAUACCCAACAAGAAGUACGAGAGCUUCUUGGUCGCCUUGACCUUGGAAACCGUACAAAAAUAGGACAGAAAGGAUCAUCAGGAUUAUCUCGAGCUGUGUCCGCUUUUGGUAUUGUGGGAUUUGUCCAGUUUUUGGAAGGGUAUUACAUUGUGCUAAUUACUAAGAGAAGAAAAAUGGCUGACAUUGGAGGUCAUGCAAUUUACAAAAUAGAGGAUACGAGUAUGUUGUACAUUCCAAAUGAUUCAGUACGAGUUACUCACCCUGAUGAAGCCAGAUAUUUAAGAAUAUUCCAGAAUGUGGACCUGUCUAGCAAUUUCUACUUCAGUUACAGUUAUGAUUUAAGCCAUUCACUUCAGUACAAUCUUACAGUCCUUCGGGUGCCCACUGAGAUAAUGAAGUCAGAGAUGACAACUCAGACCCGCCAGGAAAGUUUUGAUAUAUUUGAAGAUGAAGCAUUAAGCAACCAUGGAGGAAGUAGUACAUUUGGGAUACGCAGUGAGCCCUACAUGAAGUAUGUAUGGAAUGGGGAGCUCCUGAAAUGCAUCAAAAACAUAGUUCAUCGUGAUUGGUUACUUUAUAUCAUUCAUGGAUUUUGUGGACAAUCCAAACUAUUAAUUUAUGGUCGACCAAUCUACAUAACUCUUAUGGCCAGAAGAUCAAGCAAAUUUGCUGGGACUCGUUUCCUAAAAAGAGGAGCAAAUUGUGAGGGUGAUGUGGCCAAUGAAGUGGAGACAGAGCAAAUAGUGCAUGACGCUUCAGUCAUGUCUUUUAGUGCUGGCAGUUACUCUUCAUAUGUACAAGUCCGUGGUUCAGUCCCUUUAUACUGGUCCCAGGAUAUAUCCACAAUGAUGCCAAAGCCACCAAUUACAUUGGACCAAGCAGAUCCAUAUGCACAUGUUGCUGCUUAUCACUUUGACCAAAUGCUUCAGAGAUUUGGAUCACCAAUUAUAAUUCUCAACCUUGUGAAGGAACGGGAAAAGAGGAGGCAUGAGAGAAUCCUUAGUGAUGAACUGGUUGCUGCCGUUACCUAUUUAAACCAGUUCAUACCUCCUGAGCGUAGCAUUGUGUACAUUCCCUGGGAUAUGGCAAAGUAUACUAAAAGCAAACUUUGUAACGUCUUGGAUCGACUCAAUGUUAUUGCUGAAAACGUUGUGAAGAGAACAGGAUUUUUUGUUAAUCGACCGGACCCGUACUGCAGUGUCUUGAGGCCUGAUGAAAAGUGGCAUGAUCUCGGAGGCGUGGUUGGAUUAUCUGGACGCAUGCAGACAGGUGUCCUUAGAACAAACUGUGUUGACUGCUUAGACCGGACCAAUACCGCUCAGUUCAUGGUUGGAAAAUGUGCAUUGGCCUACCAGUUAUACUCCUUAGGACUGAUCGAUAAACCUAAUUUGCAGUUUGAUACGGAUGCUGUUAGGUUAUUUGAAGAACUCUAUGAGGAUCAUGGUGACACUCUGUCUUUACAAUAUGGUGGCUCUCAACUUGUUCAUAGGGUCAAAACCUACAGGAAAAUUGCCCCAUGGACUCAGCAUUCUAAAGAUAUCAUGCAGACCCUGUCUAGAUACUACAGUAAUGCAUUUUCAGAUGCAGACAGACAAGAUGCAAUCAAUCUUUUCCUGGGUGUUUUUAAGCCAAAAGAGGGCAAACCUCAUCUCUGGGAGCUGCCCACCGACUUUUACUUGCAUCAUAAAAAUACAAUGAUACUCCUCCAUUCAAAAAGAAGUUACACAUUCUGGUGGACACCAGGCGUCUUGGAGCAUUUACCUCUACCACUUGAUGAAGCGCCCAAUAGUGAAAACCUAAAAAAGAUGACAAUAAAGAAGCAUAGCAGGGGCGAUGAGGAGAUCAAUAUUUACACAGAAUUCUUUCGGCCAUAUGAACUGAGCAGUUUUGAUGACACCUUUUGUUUGUCUAUGACAAAUUCUGCAAGAGACUUCACGCCAAAAAAUGUUGGCAUUGAUCCAAGUCCAUUCACAGUGCGGAAACCAGAUGAAACAGGAAAAUCUGUUCUGGGCAGCAACACAACCCGAGAAGAAGCUGUAUUACAGCGGAAAACUGCAGCAAGUGCCCCUCCCCCACCAAGUGAAGAGGCUGUAUCUAGUAGUUCUGACGAUGACUCUGGAACAGAUAAGGAGGAUGAAGGAGCCGUAUCUCAGCGCUCUACACCUGUAAAAAUAGCAGAUGUCGGUGACAACUCCAAAACAGCAGAGACAACUUCUCAGUCAACAAGAGAUACUUACGGAAUUAAUCUUUCAGAUGCUCCUUCUGAGACUGAUCUUCACAUCUAUACAAGGUUUGUACAUUUGGGACUAUGCCAACACAAACAAGAGAAAAGACACGUAAAAGCGAAUCAAUGGACCAUGGACACAAUCGUAAAACUGAACUGCAUCUCUUCAUUCUCCCAGGAUAACAUAUAUGAAGUGACACCACCCAGAGUCGACAGGAAGUCGUUGGAUAUAUUUCAUGCUCAUAUCCAAGCAGGCAGAGGUGUCAUGCAGCCUUUGGAGAAAGAUGACAUGUUCACAUACAGAGAAUAUAUAAGGAAUCGCUAUAUGUAAAUAUGUCUUAACUGGCAUGUCUCAUCAACAGAAGAGGUUUCUUAUUUCUGAAAUAAAUGCGUAUUCUCAUGAACAUAA